GAAAAUGUCAACCAGCGGCCUCCCUGAACAUAAGAUCUGGAUAGAAUCGGUUGAAAAAAGACUUGGUGCAAUUAAAGAAAAUCCAAAUGUCUACUCAAGUAUUUAUAAGGUUCCCACAAAGCUUAGACAACUCGAGGAACACGUGUAUACCCCAUCCACGGUUUCCAUCGGACCUUUCCACCAUGGCAGGAGUGACCUACACGCUAUGGAAGAGCACAAGUGGCUGUAUAUGCUAAGCUUCCUUCAACGUACACCUGAUGGAAUACGGACAUUGAAAAAGUGUGCCGACGCUCUCCAAGAUUUUGAACAAGUUGCUCGCAGAUACUAUGCUGAGAAUAUCGGACCUUCUUAUCAUAGCCGGAGUGACCUGCUAGCAAUGGAACAGAAGAACUGGCGGUGUAUGCUAAGCCUCCUUCAUCAAGCGUUGAACCCGAGAAAAAACUCGGAUGAGUGUGCCAUCUCCGAAUCAAAAGAAAAUACUGGCAAAUACUAUGCUGAUCAACAUACCAACUGCAACAAAGAGGCUGAAGCAUCAUUCCUGGAAAUACUGCUAGUUGAUGGUUGCUUCAUUCUUGAGCUUCUUCUGAGGUGCACAGAUAAGAAAUUCAAGGACGAGGACGAUCCCAUUACGAGCAAUGCUUGGAUGGUCCCAGCCAUUCGACGUGAUCUGGCUCUACUUGAGAACCAAAUUCCAUUUGAAGUUCUUCAGAAGUUGUUUGAUACGGUAAGGUUGUCGUGUUCACCGACUGAUCCACUAACAUCAGCAUGUUCUUGUUCGCUACCAGAGCAUGCUAUGCUUUUCUUUCAGCCAGUGCUCAAUACAGACAGGGAUCCAUCGAUUUCCAAGGAACUCGGCCAAUACAACAGGCAUUUUCUGGGCAUGUUGCAUAAAUUUUACCUUCCUCAGAAUCCUCCCAUAAAAUGCUCUGAAGACAAGAAAGCUUGCGGAUUUAGGUAUUGUGCGACAGAACUUUCAGAAGCUGGAAUUAAGUUUAAAAACGGUACACAAGGUCGUUUGUUAGACAUAACAACCAGUAAAGGAGUAGUGGUGAUCCCGCCUUUUAGCAUUGAUGAAACACUGGAUUUACUCUUGAGGAACCUAAUUGCUUUUGAGCAGUGCAGCUUUCGCACCACACACCACAUUUCCUCAUAUGUCUUUCUCAUGAGUGGACUCAUCAAGUCGUCCAAUGACAUCAAAUUUCUUCAAAGCAAAGGGAUCCUAACAAACAUUCUGGGGAAGGCUGAAGACGCUUCAACUUUUUUCAGCCGUAUGUACAAUGGAGUUGUUUUAAAAGAAUUCUAUUUCACAGAGUUAUGCGAGGAGGUGAAUGCAUAUACCAAGUCCUGGUGGCAUUAUCACAGAAUUAAAGCACUGUUGCAGUUUAAGUGCCGCCGUUACCUGCACGAAUUAAUCAGUGAUUAUUUCUCGAAUCCAUGGAGAGCUGCCUCAGCUUUUGCUGCCGUUGUGCUUCUCGUCCUCACUGUCUUACAGACUAUAUACACAAUGCGUGCUUAGUCUUGUCGUUCAGUUUCAUCUUGGUGUGUCAAAGUGGGUUAGAGUUAUUACAUUAUUAAGGAGUGUUGGCAGGCUAAUGGUCUUUAAUAUAUCAUAUAGUGGGUGAGUAAUUUGUCCUUGUGUGGAGGAAAUGGUGCCUGCUAGGGGGUUACAACUUACAAGAGUUAAGUGGUAGUAGUUCCUUAGGAGCUAUGUUUGUGGCCCAUAUAAAUAGGGAAUGUAAGCUAGUAUUAGAGACAAGCAAAAUUGAGUGGAGUGCCUGAAGAGUCCAAAUUGUGAUUGUA